GGCGCCCUGCGUCCUUUUGCGUCCGCCGAGUGCAAAAACAAUUGACGAUCGGAAGGUCUCGCGAAACGCACCACGCCCCCUUAACUCUCGGCCAUGGUGAUCAGAGGGACAGGAGUUUCACUUGCUCUCUUGUCCUAGUUAAUUUGCAGACACAGGAGCCGCCUUCGGCCGCCAAAUCGGCGUCAAAAAUUGCCGCCGCAAGCGCACGGUCCGAGGGUGCAGUUGUCGCUGGCCGACGGGCCGACGUCGACAUGAAUCCCGACGAUUAUGAAAAACUGCCAACGAACAAUGUGGUGUCCAACAUGAGUGCAGGAGCGAUCGCUGGAAUCAUGGAGCACUGCGUCAUGUACCCUCUCGACUCGGUCAAGACGAGGAUGCAGAGUUUAAACAAUUUUGGAAGUCCCGCGAAUCGAGGCAUCUACGACACUUUGUCGCAAAUGGUGCGCCAGGAGGGCAUCUUGAGGCCAUGCAGAGGGAUGAGCGCGCUCGUUGUCGGGGCUGGCCCCGCACACGCACUCUAUUUCUCGUGCUAUGAAUACUCAAAAGACAAACUGUGCCGGUUAGUUCCUAGCGCGUCCGACUUUGCCCCAGGCGUUGCUGGUGCUUUAGCGGCUCUUUUGCACGAUGGCGUCAUGAAUCCAGCGGAAGUGGUGAAGCAGCGGCUUCAGAUGUACGGUAGUCCGUACAAGACGUCCUUGGAGUGCGUGCGGCGGGUGUACCGUGCAGAGGGCAUGGGCGCUUUCUACCGUUCGUACACGACCCAGCUGACGAUGAACGUUCCCUUCCAGAGCAUCCACUUCAUGACCUACGAGCUGAUGCAGAAAUACACCAACAAGACUGGCAACUACAACCCAAAGGCUCACAUGGUCAGCGGCGCCAUGGCAGGCGCCAUUGCCGCCGCAGCCACCACGCCCCUCGACGUCUGCAAGACGCUGCUCAACACACAGGAAUCAGCCGUCACUGGCCUGGUUGCUGCUGCCAGAACGAUAUACCGACUGAACGGCCUUGGAGGAUUCUUCAAGGGUCUGCGUGCGCGUGUGUUGUACCAGAUGCCGUCGACAGCGAUCUGUUGGUCGACCUACGAAUUCUUCAAGUACUGCAUGAACAGCAACAUGCGGGUUGAGGCGACGGCGCUGCUGCCGUCCAUAGACGUCGUCAGCACCACCAGUCCGACCAAGGAGGACGGUGCGGCCCCAACACCUCCUCUGGUGCGAGAUUUGCCUCCGAGAAUCAUCCCGACGCACCCUGCAGCACAGCCAGUGGCGCCGCUCUCGUCGCUGCCGGCGCUUGCGUUCAACGCUGUCCACCAUUCCUCGCACCGGGACAUGCACAACACGGCCCUGCUUGAGGGCAUGACCACCAAGAUGCCGCGCUCGUAGCUGCCCUGUUCGAUUGCCACGUAGUUUCAUGAAUGUGUGGAAAGUUGCAGCAGCCGUUUUUCAGCAAACCACUGAGCGGGCAAGGGUGCUUGGUGGUGCAGAAGCUCAUUUCUCUCCACCCACUUGGCUCUCCGGAAAAUUAUUAAAGAAAACCCAUUGCAAUUGGCAUGCCCCGUUUUUAAACAGAAAAUCACGUUUCCCGACGGAUUUGACACCUGCCCGAUGACUCGGUCCAGUCGGUCCACCUGACAAAUCGAGUAUUCCAACGUCACUCCUGCAUAAUGGAAUAGUGCCUGCUUUGAAUAAGAGAAACACGAUUAUUAUAUUUACUUUCGUAAGAGACGCACUGGCAGAGGAUUGCAAAAAGCAUUCAGGAAAUUUAAAUUCAAUUCAUUUAAAUUGUGGAGGAUUUGAAUUCUAAUUUUAUAACGGCUGGAAAAUCGAAAUUAGAAAUCAUUCAACAAUUUAUUAGUGCCAUUUCAUUGAAAGUUCUAUUUUAAUCUUCUACGAUGAGAGCUGUCUAAAUUUUCGCCCGCAAAAUUUACUCUAUUUUUUCCCUUUAGGUGCCACGUGGGAGGAUUUCACAUUAAAUUGGUACCUGGUAGUUUAUUAAGAAAAAGAAGAAAUCAAAUAAAUAACAAUUAUGCUUUUUUAGAUCCUGAAUGAAUUGUUGUCGUAGUCAAACUACAGAAUAAUGUCAUUCAUCUACGACAAGAAGUGUGGCACUUGAACUCACAAGUUUUCAAACUCAAAUAAUUAUUGUUAUCCAGGAGCACGUUGAUUGCACCUGACUCAUACAUUUUCACUCGAGAGUGCAUCAAAGUCAAUUUUGAUCAUUCAGAAGCUCUCACUUUUAAACACUUUGACCCGCUUGCUCCUCCCUUUGUGGGAAAAAAACAUGCCAUCUGAACUCGUACCCCAUCACGACACUAUUGUUUUCUCACCUUCAAACAACAACAAAACUUUUGUAGCUGUUGAAUAGUGGUUAAUCGAAAUUUGCCGCAAACUGGUCAUUUUCAAAAAAGAACUAGUUUAUAGUUUUCUGCCUUAAAUGUUUUUUUUAUGUUGAUAAUUUUUAAAUAAUUAAAUUGGUCAGUUUGUGGGCAAGCGUUGUUACAAAAUAGUUAGGAGAGUAAAUAAUAUAUGUUUACAAAAUAAAAUCCUCCGGUUGUGCUCGGAGAGAAAAAAAAACGGUUAAAAUAAUGUUUAUCUGCAAACAAAAGGCUCCUCAGUGGACUGGCUCAGGCUGUGAACUGCUGUAUCAUUAACUAUAGCUAGCUCAUAUUCACUUUUAAGGAAGUAAUAUGGUCUAUCGAGGGGCCCAAACUGAUCGGCUAUACUUGCGAGCAAAAAGAGGUUUUUCUCAAAUGCAUUUUUUUCGGACCGCAAAAAUAAUUAUGUACGAAAAAUGUUACAAAAUCGGCGAGAAUUGAAUGAAUGAAUUAAAAUGCUAUUUUUGAAGAGUGGAGCCUUCUUUUUUCUUUAAAUAGCUAGGGAGUAAUAUAUAUAAUAUAAAUAUUACAAUAUUAUUGUCAUCGAGGAAAGGAACAAUAGAUAUGAGAAGUCCAUGUUGUAAAUAUUUGAAUCAUUUGUAGUCAAUAAAAACAUGAGAGGUAAUUAAAUACAA